UAAACGCUGAGGUACGCCGGAAUAAUCUCAGGUGUGGAAUCAGGUUGUGGAAGAGUGGAUUUAACCCCUGGAAUGUUUAUCGGGGAAAUAUGAGUCAAUCGUCGGUUUUCAGAGGGUGAGAGUGGUUUUGUGAUUUGAUACGAUGAAUGGCUUUGAGAUGAAAGGCACAGCGAAACCUGAGGACCGGCGUGAUGGCCCGGUUUCAACAAACGAAAGUGAAAAGCCCGACGAGGAUGAGCAUUCGUGGUGGGCGAGUGACAGUGGCUCAAGCACUGGCUCUUAUUAUUCUGACACCGAGAGUUCAAUCGUCGAGUGGGAAUCAGAGAUAAGUCCCACGGGUGAUGUAUUCUACAUCGAGUCCUCUCCAGAAACGCAAAAUAACAAUGACAGGCUGUACAAUGAGCAGCUGGAAUCACCACCACCGGAAUUGAUGAGACGUCGCAGCACUAGGGCCGGAAAACUAAUGAGACUGAUAAGACGGAGGGAGAGCAAAAGAUACAGCUCGAGAGUAAAGAAAUCAAAAACUGGAUCGUCCAAGAAUGACAGUGGUGCACAGCAAAAGGAGGGAAAUGGAAACAAAGAAGUUAAAUUUCAAGAUUACCAGGCUGGAGAAAUAAGAGAAGUGAUGCUGUGGGUGGACCCUGAAAAACGUCACAAGUUGGGGCGUCGAGCGAGUCUUUGCGAGGCAUUUCUGGGGAUAAGCCCGGGAGAUUUCUCCGAUAAAAUCCGAGUGAUGGUCGCGGGUUUUAUUCCUGAUGGCGAAGCCAUGAAGAAUAAGAAUAUAAAAAUCGGGGAUUGGUUGAGAAGCAUAAACUCGCGGGAAGUUACUUCCACAAAUCUCGAGUAUAUUCUCUCGGAGAUUGCCGCCCCUACGACAAUUAAACUAGAGCUUCAGAGAGUGGCUGGGGUGGAGGUGACAACGGAGGUGCCUCCGUCAAUGCCAAAACAAACGCCUUUAGUUCGUCGUCUAGUGGACAAAGAAGAGAGUAAGAAGCUGAUGGCCGCCCUGCUGGACUACUCCGUCGGUGUUAUUUACCUGCAGACCUCUGUGCUCUCAGAGUCGGGUCCAGAGCUCCAGGGAGUGACAUAUACAUACCCCAGAUCAGAAAGCAAGAGUUCGCAUUCGAUCCUGUGUUCAGCUCGAGGUGCUUUUAUAACCCUGAGCCACAUGCUCCCAGAAACCACUGGUUCUCAGCCGAUUAGCACGACAAUAUCAGUGGGAAGUGAAGAGAUUCAUGUGCUCUACUGCCUCCGAGGAGAUGAACUCUUCCUCAUGGCAAUUCCAGGCCGAUGGUAUAGCCUGGAGGAGUCCCUCGAGCUCAUCAGGGAGACGGCUCGCACUCUGGAGUUUAUGUUUCAGAGCUUGAACAGAUGUUUCAGUAACGAGGAGCACCACCAAGUAUUAGACCAUCUAUUCUGUCUGAUCUUCACAAAUCUCCUGAGUUUCAGGGAAUGGGGGGAUCCCCUUCUAGCCACUGGAGAAAUUCUUCCCCUGGAGUUGCCCCAAGGCCGAGGUACGUGUGAAUUUGAGGGGGUGAUUGGAGCUGCGCAAAUGGUGAAUCUUCCCAGAGACGCACAAAUUCAGAUCGAUGCUGCUCUCAAUGAAAUGGAGGCCAUGGACUAUCGGGACUGGAAUGAGGAUCCCAUGGACUGCCAAAGGCUCUACACUAUUCUCGGGUCAUGUCUCUAUCAUAGGAGUUAUCUUCUGGCCUCGCACCUACCUGAUGACGACCUCAUCGAUGUCCAUUCAUUCCUCAGGCAGAAUGGACUUCUCCAUCUCGUCGAGAAAGAAUCCACAAGAUCCCUAGUUCUCUGGAGAACGGUUUUUCCGACCUCCUGUGGAAGGGGAGAUCUAGGAGCCGGUGUAAAUGGCAAAUGGUUCCUCCUCGUUGUUGGAUUUGGGUUUGAACUCCUCGCUGUUGUUCUGGAGAGUGGGGGAUGCACUGCCCGACCUGCAGAGAAUGAAGGACCUGAUGUCUUUUACGUUGAGGAGGCACAGGAGACCCUAAAACACAUUCAGAAGAUCGGUAUCUCUACUCUCGCUGCUAAGUGGAUCGCUGCUAAUGCCAGACCGGAGACUCUCGAUAUUCAGGAGAAGAAUUGCGGAAAGACCGCUACCAUUGCUGAAAACUUGCUGGGCUUUAUCAAACCUACGGAGAUUGGAAGUAUUGGAAAGGCACAGGCCAGUCCGGUAGGGAGCAAAAAAAUACCGGAAGUCACUUCGAUAUUGAAGAAACGAAGUCCUGAGCAAAGUCCUGUGAUGUCGGGAUCAGUUUAUUCUCUUCAAACAUCUGAGGACUCCAUGAGUCAGGGAACGGGAGCUGUUUCUGAAAUAAGUGACGAGGCUGCUCCAAUUCUGGGGAGACGUGCCACUAGGGGGAGGACUCUCACAACUUCUAGACAGUCUGAUAACAGUGAUUCUGAUGUUGAGAUGUACAGAAAUGACAGCCAGACCUGCUCGAUGGACGUGUCAGAUAUCCGAGAAAGUCUUCUGAACCAGGCAGAGUACAUAGCACCAACAAAACUAACGGCAGGGGACAAAAACUGUCUCUUGCACUACGUACACCUUGACAUUCUGGAGGGGGUGCUCCUCUCUUCGAGGACCAUCGAAAAUCCUGAAAAAAAUUCGGAAAUAAUGAGUACCUUCAACGAAUGCGCCCACAGUAUUCACAGACUGUUAAAAAAUACGGUGAGAUUCAAAAAAAUGUUGAACGAGGACGUAGACAAAACUGAAAUCAAUAAGAACCUGGUGGCUAUCAAGGAGCACGGAGUAUUAUUCGAAUGUGAGAGCCUGACCUUCUGGGUAAUUGGGAGACUAUACGCAGCCCCAGCUAAGGAAUUCUACGUCUGCUACGAGGACACUGUUCCCCAGAACCUCGUGGAGAUGGCCUUUAGGUUAAAUAUAAACUGGAGUUGACGAUAUUUCAAUCAAUUGUAGGCUAAUUUAUUAAUUACUCAAUAUUAAAUAUUAAGUUAGUUGAAUAGAAUGUAUAAAAUCAUUUGGCUUAUGCGGUAAGUGCUAAUAGACUAUCGGAAGGUGUUGCCGG